CGCAGUUCAUCCAGGACGCAGAGAGCAGAAGAGGCAGACAGAAAAAUGGCCCUGGAUAAUUUAAUUUUCGCCCAGUGCAUCCUUUAUUUUUUAGCCUUCGUAUUCGGCUUCAUCGCCGUGGUGCCUCUGUCUGAAAACACGGAGGAUUUCGGAGGGAAAUGUCUGCUUUUCACGCGGGGCAUGUGGCAAAAUGAGAACAUCACUGUGUCGAAGCAGCGCUUCAUCGUGGAGGAGUGGGGACCCGCGUCCUCCUGCAGCUUCAUCACUUUUGUCGGGAUAGCGUCCCUCAUCCUGUCCGCAGUGCAGGCAUGGAGGCUCCUCUUCUUUCUGUGCAAAGGACACGACGACUCCAUCUUCAACGCCUUCCUCAACCUGCUCAUUAGCUCCCUAGUGGUGUUCACAGUCUUCCUGUCCAGCACCAUCGUCAGUGUGGGUUUCAACAUGUGGUGUGACUCCGUCACCGAGGGUGGGACCAUGCCCAGCAGCUGCGAGGACCUGCAGGACACUGAUCUAGAACUUGGUCUGGACAACUCUGCUUUCUAUGACCAGUUUGCUAUAGCUCAGUUUGGCCUGUGGGCUGCAUGGCUCACCUGGCUCGGGAUCGCAGUAAUGGCCUUCCUUAAGGUCUACCACAACUACAGACAAGAGGACCUGCUGGACAGCCUGAUCCACGAGAAGGACCUGCUGCUCGGCCGUUCCUCACGCCGUAGCUCUGACCUCAAGACCGGCCUGAUCUAGACACAAGAAAACCGCCAAACACACCCACUCACACUCCUCAACCGUACAGUCCUCUCGCCUGCCAUGAGAAACACCAAUGUUUGCCUCUGUAGACAAUCAAAUUGGCUUUUGCUCUCAUUGAUCAUGGAUUGAAUCAAACGGAAGGUUUUAGCUUUGUUCUCCAAAGGUAAUUGAUUUUCCCUCAAAAAAUCUCCCAAUGGUUGUUAAUCCUUGAGGAAUCCUGCUUUGUUGAGCUUAUUGUGCGUUGCUCUUCAACACACACAAGCACAGCUCAGCUCCAACAGUAUUAAAACCAUUUAAUGGAAAUUUACACCCAGUUUUUCUCAACUCAUGAACACAGUAUUAAUGGCUUGGACAGAUUGGCCGAUGGAUCAUGUUGUCUUGGUGAAACUUCUGCAUGGACCUAAUGCAUGACCAAUUAAUAGGGUGGUGGUUUUUAGAUGUAAAGGGAUGUUAUUUUGUUUUAUACACCAAUAAAUGUGUUCCUAAGGAAAGAUUUUUUCUGCUAGGAUGCGCACUGCGUCUUGAAGAAGUGAGGAUUCUUUGCAUGCUGCAGCAAAGUAAAAGGAUGUGUGCUGUUGCAGUGUAUUCACACCUUUUAUCAGCAGUAGGUGUUUUAUAAAAAUGACAAAUUGUAGAUCAAACAUUCAUGUAUCAGGCAGCCAAUCCAAAAAUGCUUUUUAGCAAUCUGUGUGAUAAAAAACAAAUCCUAUUCUGUGCCAUAUAGUAACUCAGGCUUCUCCUUAUAGGCUACAAACCAAUAUACUGUAUUACUGUGAAUAGACGCACAAAUGUACCCGCAUGCAUCUCUCUCCUUGUUACAUACACAUCACAUGCUCACUCAUCGUCAGAGAUUACGGGAAGAAAGCAAAUCAUCUGCUUGACUUUGAUAGGCAAUGACAGUUUUAUUCAAAACAACUGAAAUCAUAAAACGGUAGGAACUAAGAAAACCCUCCAUAAAGGCACUUCUUUCAAAGUGACCAUAAACGUUUAGACAGCCGUGAAAUGCAGCUUCUAAGCUAAAUGUGUAUAUGCAGGACAUGAGUACACUGGGUAGUUUUAUUGCUAAUGACAAUUUAGUUUGACAGUACAGAGUCGAGUGUUUCUGUCUUCUAUACGGCGUUAUAAGCCUUAUAUUGCUUUGACAUUCAAAUCCAACGCUUUCCUUC